AGCAGAGUCAAGCGACCUUCAUGCUUGUCAAUCUAGCUGAUCUACUUUUAGGAUUUGUUUCUCGCUCUAUAUACCUAUGUAGCUUUUAAAUUGUUAUUGUUUUGUACCUUCGAGUGCGGGUGUGGUGGAUAUCAUCGCGAAGACCAGGUGUAGUGCACCGGGGCCAUGUUCACUGGGACGGUACGAGUGAAAAUAUGCGAGGCACAAGGCUUAAGGCCGACGGAUUGUUCCAAACGGCACGCAUUCGGUAAAGCAGACGAGCAAUUGCUAGACCCUUACGUUACCGUCGACGUCGACGAUGCCCAAUUUGCACAGUCCACCACGAAGCAAAAGACGUCUGACCCCGUAUGGAAUGAGCUUUUUGAGCACAAUGUCGAAAACGCAAAGACGCUCAGCCUCACCGUUUUUCACGAUGCAGCUAUUCCUCCUGAUACUUUCGUAGCAAAUUGCAGUAUUCCAUUUGAGGAAAUUUUGACGAGAGAUAAGGAAGAAGCCGAUUUUUGGGUUAAUUUGGAACCAAAGGGGCGACUUCGGGUUAAAAUAGACUUAAAAAAUGAAUAUGGCUCUAAACCGAGGGAAUUUAAGGAGCGUCAGGGUUUUAACAGGAGACGAGGUGCCAUGCGUAGGAGGGUUCACCAAGUUAAUGGUCACAAAUUCAUGGCAACAUUUUUAAGGCAACCUACAUUUUGUUCACACUGCAAGGAGUUCAUAUGGGGUUUAGGCAAACAAGGCUAUCAAUGUCAAGUUUGUACUUGUGUUGUCCAUAAAAGAUGUCAUCGUCUAGUGCUUACAAAAUGUCCGGGAAUGCAAGAAGAGACAACUCUCCAGAGCACCGGAUUUAAUGUCAAUGUGCCCCAUCGUUUUGUGGUACACAACUACAAAAGGUUCACAUUCUGCGACCAUUGUGGGUCGUUGCUUUAUGGCUUGACGAGGCAGGGAUUGCAGUGUGGCGAGUGUUCCUUGAACGUGCACAAACGAUGUCAGAAAAAUGUAGCCAACAAUUGUGGAAUCAAUACAAAACAAAUGGCCGAAAUCCUCACGGCUAUAGGUAAACCUCCCGAUAAUCCGCCUCGUUUAGUUUUGCUUGGCGUUUCCCCCGAUAGCAAGACGCCCAUUAGAAAGAGUAAGUUGCUUCCUGGAUCGGGUAACGGAGCCCCAGCUGAAACUGGCGAAAAUUCAAGUGGAAAUUAUUCAAAUACCGAUGAAAGCCUAUCCAAAAUGGUGGAAGAAAAAAUGCAAAAUAGCGAUGGUGAAAAUCAAGAGCGAAGCAAACACUUAAUAGGACUGAAUGAUUUCUCUUUUAUUAAGGUAUUAGGCAAGGGCAGUUUUGGCAAAGUAAUGCUCGCGGAAAAGAAGAAUACAGACGAGGUGUAUGCCAUAAAAGUACUAAAGAAAGACGUGAUCAUCCAAGAUGAUGAUGUCGAUUGCACUAUGACUGAGAAACGGAUCCUAACAUUAGCUGCUAAACAUCCAUUCUUGACAGCAAUACACUCUUGUUUCCAGACUAGGGAUCGUUUAUUCUUUGUUAUGGAAUACGUUAACGGGGGUGAUCUCAUGUUCCAAAUUCAGCGCGCCAAGAAAUUUGACGAGCCACGUGCAAGAUUUUAUGCCGCCGAAGUGACUUUAGCUCUACAGUUUUUACAUAGGAACGGUGUUGUAUAUAGAGACCUUAAACUGGAUAACAUUUUAUUGGACGCUGAAGGUCACUGUAAACUCGCAGACUUUGGAAUGUGCAAGGAAGGCGUUUUUGAUGGGGUUACCACGUCGACAUUUUGCGGAACUCCGGACUACAUAGCUCCAGAAAUCCUACAGGAAUUGGAAUACGGUGCCAGCGUUGAUUGGUGGGCUCUGGGGGUCCUUAUGUAUGAAAUGAUGGCUGGUCAACCCCCGUUUGAAGCCGAUAAUGAAGACGAUCUUUUUGAAUCUAUUUUGCAUGACGACGUUUUGUAUCCGGUGUGGUUAAGCAAGGAAGCGGUUAGUAUAUUAAAAGGUUUUAUGACGAAGAAUCCAAGCCGACGCUUGGGUUGUGUCGUGAAUCAGGGAUGUGAAGCGGCCAUUUUAGUGCACCCCUUUUUUAAGGACAUUGAUUGGACUGCCCUUGAGCAGAGAAAGAUUAAACCUCCAUUUAGACCUAGAAUUAGAAGUAGAAAAGAUGUAGCCAACUUUGACGCCGAAUUCACAAGAGAAGAGCCUGUCUUGACUCCAGUAAGUAAUGAGGUGCUACAAUCUAUAAAUCAAGAAGAAUUCCGUGGUUUUUCAAUCCUAAACAGAGACUUUAAUCCAUCUCGAUUUGUGUGUGAGUAGUAACCAAGUUAACAUUAUGUAAUCGCGUCAGUCUCUUUCUCGUCGCUUUAACUUAGAGUUCAUCGUCCUUGGUUUUGAACUAAAUCUAGCGCGUCGCAAAUAUUGACCCAUGAGUCUAAAGCACAAACUAGAGCAUUAGUUUUUCAUUAGUAUUUUGUUAAGCAUAGAGACACUGACCUUGUCCAAGAUAUAUGUUACAUAUAUAAAGAGAGUUUAUUUAUAUUAUGUAAUUGUGUUGCAGAAAUUAUUGUUGAAAGAGUUUAUGGUGUAUGUUAUGUUGGUUUUAGUAAUAAAGAACAAAGAUAUCAUCUAUAUAUAUAUAAACAGCAUUUAAAAUGCAGAUUGGAACUUGGGUAAAGAUUUUUUACACAAAAAUUUUUGAGCAGGCAAAAAGUUAUAAAAGAAUCAGUCUGAAGAACUUAGUUUGAUGUUAUUUAAUUAUUAAUGUCUAAGGUGUGACGUUUUGAAAUAUACUAUAGUUAAGUUCGAGUCUUAAUUAGAUCAAUUUUAAAAAAUAGGUGAUUAUCCUAUUUUUCUACUUUUCUAGGUACAUUUUGUAUGUUUAAUUAUUGAUUAUUAUUAUAUUUAUGAAAUUCAGAGCGAAACUGAGAGCAUUCGGAGAGUUUUUUUAUUUCUUAAAUUUUUUGUUUAUAAAACCACGAAAUCUAAACACAUAAUGGUGAAGUUAAGUGCUGACUGACAUUUCAUUUUCUUUUAAAAAAGUCGGCACACCCUAAAGUAUGAUCUAUGGAGUCCAUCUGUGUGUGCUUAGUGCCGUUCGACACAGUAAAAUGACAUUUAUAGCAAAACGGUUAUGUUUCGAACAAUGGAAAGUCCAUUGUUCUCAUUUUAAGUUUCAAGCUUAAUUCAUUUCCUUACGUAUAUUAUUCAAUUCAGCGAUAGUCUCUUAUUUAAGAAGAGUAAUGAUAUUUUUAUUGGCUCGCUUACCGUAUUUUCAAAUACCUGCUCAAUAAUUUUUGCAACCUGACAACCAAUUUUUGUUACAUUUAUUAGGUUUUGGUUUUUACGGAUAUUGUAUUGCAUGUAAGUAGCUUUUGCGCCUUAAUCAGUUCAAAAAAAGAGUGUCUUUUAUUGAGUCAAAACCUUCACUAGCAAUUCGCUUUGAGUCAUCGUAGUAAGGAAAAAAAAAUUCGACAGUUUUCUACUUUUUUGACUGCAAAAAUGAUCUGAUGUGUCUCGAAUUAUAAUUGGCUCAUUUUCACAUCUCCGUAGUUAGCUUGGUGUCCUUAGAUUUUAAUCUAAUGCUUAACAAAAAUUCGCACAAAAAAGUUGUGAAAGUGAGCUAUGAUAGUACUGUGGUUCCAUUAAUCUUUUGUUUUCCGGCCGCGAAGCUGUGAUUUAUAUACCUACUACCCAUAACCUUUUGAGCAUUAGAUUGCGAUUCUUCUUUAUGUUUGAGUUGUUAUAUGAUGACGGCUAGCUUAAAAGUAAACCAAUAUGUUCUUUGUAGAGUUAUGAAAGUGAUAAGAAACAGUGUUGUUUUUUAAUAUUAGUAAACUUCAAUUUGAUAUGAGUCAAUCACGCUUGUUUUACACUAAUCCAUGUGAUAGAGGAUUAAAUAAUUGAUUUGAAACACAUUUUACCUCAAUUUCCGUUGGGUAUAACAAAUGGGUAUUUUGUUGGGUAUUUUAUCAUUGAACCCAACUGCUUCAAAGAGUACAAAUACUAUUUUCACGCUGUUUCUACAAUUAAUUAUUACUUCGAAGCUACCCAGAUUUGUAUAAACUAAAUACGGGUACAACUUGGAUAUCCCCUUGCCUGAAUUUUGACUUAUUUUGGCUUAAUCUCCGUUAUGUCUAGUCAUUUUAUGGCCUAUGUAAAUAUUUUAAAAAUGUGAGUCGUUAUUAACAUCACCAAAAAAUUGUUUCAUUUUUUGCUGGAUCGUUCCACAUUCUAUUUUCUGGUGAUUUAAAUAUGUGUUAAUUUUAGUGAGUUUCAUUUUAGAAUUUUAACAAGAGCUAGUCGCGACUGUUUUAUGCAUGUAGAAGCAAGUUGGUAUGAAGCAAAUUUUACAUAGGUGACUUUAUCAGUUCACAGUAUAUUUCAAUUUAAUCAGUUGGUUCGCAUAUGUUGCUAUUUUUGUUUUAUUGUGGUAUUAAAAUAUUGCCUAAUAACCAUCUUGACAUGAAUCUUCUCUCGCGCUCUGAAAAAUACAAUUAGAUUAAUUAAUCUGUCCAUGAUAGAGUACCUGAACAUAAAAUUAUACAUCGAAUCAAAUGAAAAUUAUAUCUCAAAAUUGUAUGCAAUUUCUUUCAUAAAAAUCGGUAAACUCCUUACAAGUUGCUUCUUUUUCGAUAAAGUAUAUAUGAUGAAUGUGUUCAAUAUCAGAAUAUGCAGAAGUCUGAUUCAACAUAAUAAAUACAAUAAAUAAAUCUACAUAUAACCGUUUUCUUGCUUCUUAUCUAAUAUGGUAUAAAAUCAUAUUUUUGGUAUGUUAGAAUUUUGUGCUUUUUUAGCAUAUAUUUUUUAUGUGAAUAUUGUAUGUAGCUGUUUGCCGUUCAUGUUAAGAUGGUUUGAAAUUGAAAUUAGAAAAAUUAUAAUAUUGGAUACAUUGUGAUAAUGUCCAUUUCGGUUAGACGACUUACAUGUUGCAACCCUAGGGCAAUGUGCAUUAUUUGAAACAAAGCUUAGCCAAGUUGUUUUCAAUUUACCAAAGAUUUUAAUUUAUUUAACUAUAUGUGUAUAUGUUUAUAAUAUAUAUAGUUUAUGUAAUAAUUAGGUAACUAAUUCAAAUGAGGCAAACGCAUAACCAUGCAUUUGAAGGAUUUAGUUUUAGAGUUACUGAGAACUGGUUUUGGUUCACUUGUAGAAAUUUAGAAUUCUUUAAAUGCAUCUCAGCCCAGCGAAUGCGGUCAUUCUUUCGCUGCGGAUUUUUGCAUGCAUAUUGAUAUGGAAAAAAUCGCAACGAAUGUAUUAUAAAUAAAUAACAAAGUAAUGGUUACUUAGAAUUAUAUUCUGCCAUUAUUUAGAAGAAGAAUAUAGAAACAUUCUAAAAAUAGUUUCGAGAAAAUGUGUUGUUGAAAAAGUACAUAUUGAAUUAUAUAAUGUUUAGAUAUUUAUUAAUGUGAAGCUUAGAGUAGAUAACAAAAAAUUAACCCAGCUAAUUUUAGCGAAUGUUUAGAUCUCUUAUCACAAUAGUCGAUAUAUCUCAAUCGUUUCUAUUAAAAAAAUAGUCGAUUAAGGUUAUAAAGCCUAAAUUAUUGUUCGAUAGUUUUAAUUGAUGCUAUCAAUAAAAAUAGAUACCUUCUUUUAGUACAAGAAUGCAAUCCAAAAAGUGGGAGUCUGGAAAUAAGAGAAGUCGGUUUGUCAUGUAGCAAAGGAAGAAAAAUGUUGCACCGUUAAAACUCAAAAAAUUAUUGUUUGUUACACAACUUAUUUUUCUAUAUAUUUAAAUCAAUUUCCAGAUAUUUCCUGUAUAUUUCUUAUCAUUUUUGUACAAUUAGAUAUUCUAGUGUGUACAAUGUAGCAGCAAAUAGAUGGCCAAAAUAGUAGAACGCUAAAUGCGUCUGUAUUCUUAAUUUAACCAAAACAUUUUCAUGAAAAUUUGUUAAUGUCAGUUUUACUAUCAAUCGUGGAUAUAGUCUCACAGCAGGAAAUUUAUUUAUAUAUGAUGAAAAUCAAUUCAGUAUUAUCAAUUAUAUUAUUACAAUAGCUAGAUUUCUUAUUAUACGAUAUUAAAUUAUCUCAUUUAGGCACAUGUUACUUUGUGUCGUUUAUAAGCUAUGAGUCAAGCUUUUUCGAUCUCUUCAAAUGUUUUGCUGUAAUUAAUAAGGUGACCAGAUUUUGAGAUGGGCAAAGCGGGACAACUCUGAAAGAAGGGUUAUUGUUAUUGUUAACAUAAGUAUAAUUUAUAAAUAUAAAAAAAUGUAUGUUUUAUUCUUUGACAUUUUUUUAUUUGAGUAAAUUUGUUUCAGUAGAUUGUUGUCAUUUUUUAAAAUAGAAAAAAUUUUCACAAGAAUUUGUCAAAUUAUAUUGGACAUGUAAAAUGGGUUUACAAGUGUCUACACUUUAAUUUUGAUUUUUUCUGAUGUCCACACUUGAUUUACGGUAAAAAAAACGCGUUCAGUAGUAGCGUUAGUUCCAGGUAAAGAUGGUGCAUAUUCCACAAUUUUUAAUAUAUUAUUGUAUGGAACAUAGUUUGUUUCCAAAUGAUGAAAUAUUUCUAACCAUUUGUUUUCUAUUGUGAUUUUCUCUGAUGCAUAAUUGUUAAUAUAUUUUUUUACUGAUGACACUUCAUUAAAAAGAUCAUUUUCGGAAAUAUAACUAUUUGGACAUUUUUGAGAAAUAUAAUGAAAUGAUUUUUGCACGUCGUUCCAAUUAAGUUCUGGUUUUAAUUUAACUCAACGAAAAUCUCUUCCAAAUAAUCUUUGCAAUCUUUUUGACAUGGUUCAUGGUAUUUUGACGAUUUAUUGCACGUUGCUCUGCCAGCUGGUUUAUAAUAUUGCGGAUAGUUAACGGUAGAAAAUUAUUUUCUAACCUCUCUAAGUUUAAGAAAGUUUAUGUAUUUAUGAAAUAUCAAUUUUCUAUGGUAUAUAGCAGAUUUGUAAUAUUUAUUAGUUUAAUUAGCUUGUUAGCACGCAGUACGAACACGAAUUGUAUCAUGUGAGAGACAAAUACAAUAUAACUGGGAAGCAAAAACAAUAGGUUAGUCGUUGUAGCCCUUAGGAUUCUUAGAACGCAAAACAAUGAUUUUCAUAAAUAUAAAAUUGAAAAACGUCGCCUGACAAAUUGUGAAAAAUCGAGACUGCCCCGCCAAAAGCGGGACGUCUGGUCACCUUAGUAAUUAAUCAAGUUAAACCAAAAAUCGACGGAGAACAGAUUAUUUAAACAGAUAGGAGAGUAAAUAAAAACCUUUCUCUCUGUGGUAGUGUCACCAGAAUUGUAAAAAUUGAAAAAAACUAUGCACUCUCACUUAAUGAUUGUAUUGCGGUGUGGUGUAUUUAUUUAUUAAAAAUUUGAUGGCAAUCUGUAGUUUCAAGCUGCUUCUUGAAACAUCUCUUAAAUUGGCUUGGGGAAGGAGAGGAGAUAUUGAGCUCAAUUUUGAAUUCCUAUUUGUUUUCAGUAAACAGCAAUAAUAAGAGUUUGAUCCAUAAUUCCUUCGAUAAUAUAACUAACAAGGUUAACUAAUAGAAAUAAUAUCAAACAACUGUAACUGGUAAUUUAUUGUUCAACAUAUUGUGGGCGAACCAAUAACUUUUAUGUUCUGAAUUUAAUUGUCCAUUUUGUCACAAUCGAACACUGGCAUAUCAUUAAACAAAUACAAUAAACGAAUUGUUUUGAAAUGUAUCGACUAUAUUGCAAAGGUCUGUGUUAGCACUAAGGUAGCAAAAUAUCUGGGUGAUUGUCAGAGAGAGAUAAGGUUGAAACCAAUAAAAUUGUUUAUUUAUGAUUGACCAGCAUAUAUUGUUACUUUCUUUUACACAGAUUUAUUAUUUUAUGGUUGUUAAUAAUUUUACUUUACAUUUACUGAAAAUAAUUGCGAGCCAGUUUGCAUAUCUUUCAUUCUAUGUAAAAAACACAUUUUUUUUUUUUAAAUAAUAAACUUCAGUUUAUUAUUGUUAUAAAUACAUGCCCAAUCGGUAAAUCUAAUUUGGAAUUGUUUGAAUUAAAACCAAAAGUGGUAUUGUGCCAAAUGGUUUUAUUUAUCAGCACCCUGAUCAUUAUCAACCAUUUUUAUGGUUUAUAAAUGUUGUAAAACGGUGUUUACCUACUUCUCUG